AGGCCGUUCACGGUACUGCAUUCUUCUGGUGCUACUCCGCGUUGACAUCGAAUAUUACUAAUCAUAUUUGAAGGGAAUUGAAGGAGUAUCAUGUCUGAUCAAGCAUUUUCCCAUAGUCAUGUAAAGGAGGGAUCACGAGGAUGCGGUUUCGAAGCAUGUCCAAGGAAACUGAUCUACGUAGCCUUCGCAGUCAGUUUUAUCACUCAAGUUGCUGCCUCAGUCGUAUUUGUCGGUUAUAAACAAUGGGCUGUUUUUAUACCAUCGUUUGCUCUGCUGGUAAUAUUUCACAUCAUAUUUUUUGUUGGAAUGCGAAGGGAGAAGUGGGAACUGAUUUUAAUCACCGUUAUUUAUGAGGGUGUUGCUAUAAUAGCGCUGACAGCAAGCGUUCUAUGGAUGAUUGCUAUGGAAAUAGAUCCUGAGAAAAGUUUUCUCAAAGAGGAUUGCAAUAAAAAUCAUAAAGAUGAAGAGGGCCAGCCGAAUAAAUGUAUCAGAACUGGAGCAACCGUUAUGGGAUCACUUAGUCUUGUAGCCAUGAUCUUGAAUGCUUUUAUUGUAUGGCGCGUGCUCAAAAGUUUUAUGCUACGUGUUAGAUCUGGAUACAGAGAAAGAUGGGUUCAAAUGAUUACCGGCUCCGACAAGGAUCUGAAAAAUCCUCAUGCGCCCAGACGUGGAAGAUUCACGGACAUCGAUGCUCCGACUCAGCAGUCCCCAUACCGUAUAGGAGGAAGGCAGGGCCAUACUGACCGUCUCGGGGGACCCGCAAAUCACAGGGUGACUGAAGAAAUGCCCCGUAGUCGAGCACUCGGUCCAGUCUUGCAAGAUCGACUACUUGCUGCGACCCUUUACGACAGAGUGGACAUAGAUGAUCGACUGAAGAAUACUUACAAUAGUGGAUCGAACAACGAAAAUUAUUACUCGAAGAUCAGAUAUUAG